AUGACUACAGUAGUGUAAGAAAGUCUGCAAAGGCUCAGCUGUCACUACAGCAGUCUAAGAAAGCACAAGGGUUGAAACGUAAAUUCAAGGUGAUGGAAGAGGAAAAGCCAUGGGCACUGAUAUCAGAGGUUGGGGGUCCACAUGGUUACCUUGAAGAGCUCGCUGACAUAGUGAAACAACACUUCCAGAUCGUCUGCUACAAAGACUUUCUACAGAACCCUGUGCUCUACGGUUCCAAAAUCCAGGCUCUGCUAAAUUGGAAGUACUGCCCUGCAGCCAAGCCUUGGUUGCUCAAAUUGCUUCCCUGCCUUAAAGUUGUAGCCAGUGGAGGAGUGGGAAUCGAUCAUCUGGAUGUGCCAUUCAUCAACAGUCUUGGUGCCAAAGUGGCCAACACACCUGGUGUGGUCAGUGACGCCACUGCAGAUUUAGCCAUGGGGCUACUUCUGGCUUCAGCUCGCAACAUUCUUGAGGGUCACCAGAUAGCUACAGACCCAAAGACUGUCCAUAUACCUCAAAAUCUGAUGGGAGUUGAAGUCACUCGGGCGACCCUUGGAAUCAUUGGAAUGGGAGAGAUUGGUUACAAGAUUGCUCAAAGGAGCAAAGGAUUUGAAAUGAAGGUUAUGUAUCACAAGAGGACCAGAAGGAGCACCAAAGACGAGCAAGCAGUUGGAGCAAGUUAUUGUGAGAACUUGGAUGACCUGCUCAGGUGCUCAGACUUUGUCAUGAUAGCUGUAAAUCUGACCUCAGAGACAUCAGGCCUCAUUGGCCACAGGGAGUUGUCCCUCAUGAAGCCUACAGCGACACUGAUCAACAUCAGCAGAGGUCUGAUUGUGAACCAGGAUGCCUUACUUGAAGCUCUUCAAUCAGGAACAAUUCGUGCAGCAGCCUUAGAUGUGACUCAUCCUGAACCUUUACCAAGGGAUCAUCCAUUGCUUGAGCUUCCUAAUGUACUCAUCACUCCCCACAUUGGCAUCUCAACCAUUACCACAGCACGUGGGAUGGUGAAGAAGAUGGUCGAAAAUGCCCUGGCUGGUGUGAAAGGGUUACCUGUUCCAAAUGAAGUUCAUCCACACUGACCUAUCAAACUGUUAAAUCUGACUUUAUCUUUAGAAUUAAGAUCCCUCAAAAAGUAAGAUUUGAACACAGUAAGUUGCAGAAUAGUUUAAAUGUAGGUUCAUAUCACAUGAUAACUGAUAGAUACAAGUUGAAAAAUGUCUUUGAAGCAAAGUUAAUUAUUUUAUUAAUUUUAUAUACAGUGAGGUCCCACCGGUGCUCCCAAUGUUUUCAUGCCUGUGGUGUAAAGGUCAGCCAUUAAUCAGUGCUUGAACAAAAUGUACUAUGUAUUAAUGAAAGUCUUUGAAGUAGAAAAGGAAAUGCAACAGUUUUGGACCCACAAAUGAAAACUUUAAGAGCUUUUUGGUUUGAUAAUUAAUCUGCCAAUUUAGAAGAACAAACAAGCAAAAUGAGACUUUACUUCUAAUAAGCUUCUUGUGAACAUCUAAAUAGAAACCCAAAGAAGAUUCUCUCAUAUCUGAAUUAAAUCCUGCUGCAUCCAGGUACCCCCGUCUUCAGUAAAUGACAUUUCUAUCCUACUCAAUAUCUUUUUCAGUGAAUGCACUGUUGCCUGGAUUGUAUUCUUCAACAUGAGUCCCAAAUUCCCAAAUUAAUUUGUCAACUGGAAAACAACUUGGUGUACUAUAUACUGUCAUGCAAAUACUGUUGUACUAAUCAGUGCUAAUAUUAAACAGAGUUACUAUUUCAAAUAAUGAG